GAAGGGUCUUCCUCGACACACCUUCCUCCACAGAGGGAGGGGAGGAGAGGAACUGGCCACCUCCACCAUCACCACCACCAUCACCAACAACAACGCCAACAACAGAGCAGAAGAGACAAGACAGACGGAUCAAGAAGUUUUCGCCGUCAGUAUCUUCGCCAACCUAAUCUUUUCACCUCGUCCUUCGCCUUCCCUGCAGACUAAGAAGAACUCGUAUUUCUAACGUUUUAUCGGAAGAACAGGAAAGAUCGAUGAACAGUUUACGAUAAUGGCCACGAGCAGGUCGAUAGGCUUUUCACGUCUGGAGUUCGGAAGACAUCGACGCCGAACUCCCCUCCGAACUCCUGCGUCAACUUCUGCGCCAACUCGACGAAAUUCUUGAAAGCGUCUCUUGAGGUGUUGCAUAAGGGGCCAACCUAGACAAGACCAGACGCUGUAGAAAUCAAUAUCUGUCUGCUCUGAAACGAGAAAACACAUGCAGCUAGAUGAGGCUUUCCUGCACGUAAUGGAUCAAAUACAGACUGUGAUGGUUCUCGUGCUUGUUGUAGGGUAAACCGUCUCUUGCUGAUCUGCAUAAGAGUGCCAAGCAAUCCAGACGUUGUGUAAGCCAACUUUUGUCUGGUUUGAAACGAAGAGACACGGUUCCCUAAUGAGUUUCCUCCAUGCAUAAUGUAGGGGGCAGAUAAUUAUGUACCAACUGGAUUUAUAUGCAUCUCAAAGUAGUUCUUAAGAUAUACAUCCUCGCAACCCCUGCAAAUGCAAGAAUCCUGAAACGCUCUAAGAAUGAGACACUUCAAGUCUUCUAAAUGAAUCUCAACAGCCAAGACCUCACCGCGGCAGAGCUCAAGACAGCAGUUCUCGCCGUCAAACGAAGAACCUCUCGUAAGUAACAUUACAACCCUCCAAUGACCGUUCCCUUGAUUAAGCUUAAGACUCUCCUUUUCGUGGGCUGCGGAAAGGCUUAAAGGUCAGUGCUAAUGCCAAAGAGUGCCUUGUCUCCGGGUUCAUCCUCACUUCCUUUGCUUGAGCGCGUGAAGCAGACAGCAAGACUUCGUGCUGCCCUUUAGCGGCGCCCACACCCUCCAGUACUCAACGCGCAACCUGCCGUGUAAACAAGAGGCCUUUUUCGUAAUCUAACCUUUGUGUGGAGAGUCUACAGGCCGUCGUAAAGGUAAUCCCCUGCACAUAACAUAGGAUUGGGUCAGGGUUAACUUGCUUUACACCCCGCCUUGCCCCGUCCCGCCCCGCGCCCUCACGCCGGGGUAACAUCAGGACUCCUUGAGGCCUGCGGAGGUGUGGGUGCCGGCCAUGAGCGGGCGAGCCACCCACGGGUCCUUCUACACCGUGGGUUUGGUCUCCACCCCAGCGCCUCAGCACCGCUCCGCCACCACCACCUCCUCCUCCGCCGCCACCACGUUCUCCGCCACCUACACCACCACGCCGCUGCAGCACCUCGACCACACCCUCGCCAGCAUGUCCUCCAGCCACGCCCACGCCUUGCCGCCGCUCUCCUACCCCUCAGACUCCUCCACGCUCGCUCCUCCUCGCCUCACCGCCUCCAACACCCCUCCGCCUUCCUCCACUCCUCCAUCCUUCGCCUCUCCACACACCAUCUCCUCCUUCGGCUCUCCUCCUCCCUCCUCCACGCCUCCGUCCUUCGCCACGCCUCCUCAGCCCUCCGCUACUCUUGACCCCGCCGCCAGCCUCUCCGCCAACCAGUCCCCGCCCUUCCCUCGGUACGGCCGCGGCCCCACCACCUUCGGCACCCGUCUGUCCUCCACGCCGCGGCCAGGGGUGAUGACCACGCUUACCCGCCCCUCCGUCGUCACCACACGCUCGCCCGGCCUCAACACCCUCACCACGCACGGCCCCACGGUCACCACCUACACCACCUACAACCCCGCUAUGAAUAAGUUCACCACGCACACGCCGGUCACUACCACCACCUCCUCCUUCUUGCCUGACGCCUCCUCGCAGCCGCCCAGCAGUGCCUUCCUUAGAUACACGCCGUCCUCCUCACGCUUCGUCUCCCUCACCACGACCACCACAGUCACCCCCGUCACGCCGCCGCCACGCCGCACCGCCAACAUAUACACGCUCUCGCCGCACGUGACGGACAGCGCCGCCGUCACCACCGCCAGCAUUAACUUCCCGCCGCCGCCGAAGGUCACGCUCGCCAGCACCGCCACCUCGCAGCGCCCCUCCCCUUCCUGGCCCCUCCACGUGACCCUCGGCGCCUCGGAGGGCUACGAUAACCUGCAUCUUGACGUCGGGGAGGAGGAGGUCGCCGGCAAGCCCCAGGUCAGGACGCACAUGACGAAGGAGGAGUUCUUGGCGGCCCCGUACCCCGGCCUGGAGAUGCACGAGACUGGCGAGAAAGCAGCGGCGGAGUCUAGCCAUUGGUCAGGUCGCCGCGGGUGGCCGAGCGGGCAGGAGCGACUGGAGGAGCGGAGGCGUGGAGGGGUGUGGAAUAUGUCCCUCUACCCCACCUCCACCUCCACCUCCGUCACCACCACCUUCAUCCCCAACACCACCGCCACCACCACCACCUUCAGCGCCACGCCACCGCCCCAGCGUCAGCAUCUCACCACCACCGUCACGCCCACUGCCACCUCGUCCACCUCAACCUUCACGGGAGGAUACUGUAAUCAGGCGGUGGAGGCGGAGGGAGAAGACGGCGCCCACAGAGGGAUAUGGACGGUGGAGGGCGGCGAAGUUCUCCGUCGAAAGAACAAAUCCCCGCCUUUUCCGGACCCGUGCACGCCGCCGCCGCCCGAUCGGGAUUCGCUGACGCCGCCGCCACAUCCCGACGCCGCCGACACUCGCUUCAGCCUUCGCGAUGUUCCGCUGAAAGGUGAGUGGGUGACGCAGGCCCUGUUUGGCACAUCUGUCGGGGGGCGGUGCACAGGGAAAGGAAAUGAUGAAAAUGUGUAUGAGAGAGGAGAGAAAAGAGGAAGAAAUAUGAAGAAAAAACUGAGAUAUUAAAGAGAGGAAGGAAACACAUAUUAUAAGAACGUCAAGUAAACAACCUCACCAUCCUUCCAUGUUGAUGUCGCAUGUGCGUGUGUGUGCGGGGACUCAUGUGCACACGAGCAGCCAUGUGGACUACAGCAAACCCGCACACGAGCACAUGAUGGUGAUGGCGGUGAUGAAAAUGGUGAUGAUGUUACUACCCUGAGAAGCACCAACACAACACCAGAAAAAAAAAAAUAGCACCUCAGAUCAGGCACCUUCACUCACCACCACAACCCCUACACCUCAUCACCACCUCACCACCACCUCACCACCACCAUGACUAGCGUUCCCAAGACCUUUCUGAUGGGCAGCAGUGGUGAGGAGCACAAGGAGAUGAUAAAAAUGAUGGUCCUAUCCUGCCCAUCUUGCACAAGCCCCUCUUAUCCAGGCACGCGCUUUCCUCUGCUGCUGCUGGUGCUGGCGGUGAACGCGUGAGGGCAGUGGCUGGCUGUGGUGUGGCUGUGCGAGGGUCUGGUGUGGCUGGUGGCGUGCUGACGCGGGCGUGGCUGCCGCUGCGGUGACUGGC